AAGGCUGAAAGCAGUCACACUGCUUAGUCAACAACAGUGGUUUGACCUGGGUUUGACAGACGCGCCUCGCCUUGCCUCACGCAUUGUAAACAUUGAGCCGCAUGUCUGGCUGCUGUGGGCGGCGGGCGGCUGCACCACCCACAAGAGACUACACGCUCUACCAACGCUUCCACAUUCUCGUACACUCAUUCAAAACAGUGUAUGGACAUGAAUCUCGUGUGGUGGCGUGUAUCAGGAGCAAGGCGGAGCACACCUGUCAGCUGAGUGCGUGAGGCCACACAGGGACACCACAGCGCCUCACCACACGACCAGUGCAAGAGACAGAUGCAGCAACACUCAAGUUGUUUAAUGUUACUUCCACAGCGCAGCCUAGACUCAUGUGGAUCAAGGAUGAGGGGCCAAAUGUAUGCAGUCAUUUCAGGACUUUUGGCAGCAUUGGCUAGCCUUUGUGGGAAAUAUGCCAUGGCCAGCACAGAGGCACAAGACCUGUGUGAAGCAGCUCUUCUAGCACUGCAUGGUGAAGAGGAGGUCACAACUGCAAAUCAGAUCAGUAUCAUAUGUGAUCAGUACACUUUAGUGCUAAGGGUGGUGUUCUUUGUGCUAAUGGUGGGAGUGAAUUGUGUCAUGUGGACCACAUUUACUAAGGCACUACGCUUCUCCUCCACAUCCCUUGAAGCCACCAUUACCAACACUGCUGCCAACUUCUUCUUUACAGCAAUCUUGGGACAGGUAUUGUUUGGAGAGAUUGUUACAAUCUUAUGGUGGAUGGGCACUGUUUUAAUAUUGUGUGGCCUGCUGCUAAUGCACCAUGCCAGCAAUGUUCCUCCCCGCAAGCCUGGAACAAGACCAAAAAUCCACUAGAUUUCAUCCACUACAGUCCAGACAUAGGGAAUAGGUAAGAAAAUGAAAUUGAGGCUCAAGUUGUAUGAACUAUAGUCUGUUCAUUCCUAGCUUGCAACUGGAUCAUAAACUAUUUUGUAACCUCAUCACUGAUUGUACAAUGUCUUCUAACCAUCUCUAAUUGGUCCAUGGCAGAGCCAUCCUGGCUACUGCUUUGUGGAAAGGCCAGCUCUCCAAACUACAAGUUUUACUUCUCUUCUCUAUAUGUCCCUUAUUUUGUUCAACACUUACAUGGUUUCUUGAUCACUGGACAGAAGAAUGGUAGUAGAUUAUGAAUAUAUUAAAGUUAAAGUUAGCAUAGAAUAAUCAAGAUAAUGUGAAGUGAAUCCAUGGAUGGCAUUUUUGUUCCAUGCUGUUUUUUUUAAUGCAGUUAUCAUACCAUAGUAAAUAAAAAUUGUGGUUUGUGAUAGAGGAAGUCCUCCUGAACACAAUGGUAUUACCAUGAUUUGGAUAUGACAGAAAGGAAGAUGGUAAGCUAUUUUUUAUCUGAAGUUGUUGGUGCAGGAAAACAGCAAUUGAAUGCAUGUGAUUAUCUUCAUAAUGCUGAACUACUGUUACAAAAGUAGCUAGGGGUCUGGUUGUAAGCUAGGAAUGAAUGGACUAUAGUGGUCUGAUUGUACAUAAUCUUCUCCUGUUAUUGCAUAUAAAUCUUGUACUAUAUCCAGUUACUUAAGUGUCUCUCUAAUAUCUGUAAUAUUACAAUUAUAUGGAUGCCAAAUAGAUCAGUCUUGACAGCAUUGUGUAUAAAAUUUGUACAACCUGACCAAUGUCUCCAUCUAGUCCAGGAGCUUCCUGUCCCAUCAGCUAAUAUGCUUUGAAUCACUCUAUUAAUGACAUGUGGUGGAGGACUAGUGUACAAUUUUACCACUUUUGAUUAAGGAAAAGAGAUAACAUAGGAUUGUAUUAAUUCCAUUGUUUGCAAAGCAUUGAAAAAUAUGCUUUUAAUUAGAUUGCUUUAUUUUUGUAUGUAUAUAUGACUUAGCCAUUGUUUCAUUGCCACUGAUAUGCAGGUGACCACAACUGCUUAGAAAGUUAAUCUUGUUUUAUUUUUAAGCUCUAGGCUUGAAAGUUGCCCACAUGCAUUGUUGUCAUAGGUUUAGCAGACAAUGCAAUAUAAGGUCACAUAAGGUCACAUCUAGAUGCUCAAGUGAGUAGUAAUGGGUAGUCAACUACCAAUGCAGUGAGUGUAAUUGAGCAAAAUUAUAAUUGGAUAGAUCAUAUUUAGAUUUAAUUGUGAAGAACACUUACCUACUACAUUAAGUUCAGUGUGUCCAUCCUGUGUUCCAUAAAGAUUUGUGUUUGUUUUAGCUGCUCAUCAAAUACAGUUUGUUUUGCUGUUUAAAAAUUGGUAAAUACAGUAUGUGUAAUGAUCAAUACAAGCAAAUUGCUGUCAUCCUCAUUCAUGUUACAGGCAAAUGAACAAGUGGCUUUAAUAAUUAUUGGAAGGAGCUUAACUAACUUCUGUGUGAUUCAUAUAAUUGUGGUCUUGUAGUCUUGAGUGAACCGUGAAUCUCAUGAUCAGAAGUAAAACUGCCUUUAUACAUGUCAAAGAAUAUGGCCAUAUCACCUAAUGGUGAAAUUUCUGCUCCAGUCAGUUGGCCAGAAUCAGUCACACUUUGCUGAUUCUACUCAUCAGCAUCAUUUGAGACCAUUAUUCACUUGAGUAUCUCAGUUGAACAUUUUUUUACUGUUCUUGAAGGUGGUUUCUAAUAUAUAACUAAGAAUACAGAAGAUAUUGGCUCUCCUUUACUUGCUUCUUGUACAACAUUGCCAAAUUUCAAACUAUUUUUGUUUGCAUGGCUGGCAUCACUCCUGUAUGGAGCACUUGGUAGCAAAUUUCUGUUGUGAGAGCAGGUAUUGCAGCAAGGAAGGAUAUUUCCUCAAAUGAGUUCCACGUGGUCAGAGAUUUGAUGUUGACUGGUGUUGAUAUGUAUAAUUAAAUGAAUGACAGAGAUAAGUGACAAGUUCAUUUAUGGAACACAUGAUAAUGGUUUUAUAUAUGUAUAUGUAUAUUUUUAUGUUAUUUAUGUAUUUAUUUUCCAAAGGAGUAUGUCACAUAAAAAUAAUGAAGCUCAUAAGUAUGGUAAUGCUUUUAGCUCUUUUUAGGGGUUGAUGAUUUUGUAAUAACACAUUUAGUAAAGUGAAAUGUAGUUAAAUUUGGAAAUGAACAUGUUUGCAAACGUUCUUAAACAGUAUGAUGUAGUCUCAAUCUGAUCUUUUUCUAUUUCACAGUAUAUUUUUAAUGAUUUUCUCUUAGAAAAAUAUAUUUGUUUCAUUAUAAGAGAAUGGCUGUUGUUUAAUAGAAUCAAGUAUAUAAUGAUGCUGUAUUUGAGCAUGGCCAUGACAGUCCCCAUUCAUUUACUCAGCAAUUGGCAAGUGUCAGCCAGGAGACAUCAUCUCCUCAUGCUGAUUGUUGUGUUCAGUGACCAUUGUGCAAAACAAACUGAACAGGGAAUGAAACAGAGCAAAUGUUAUGCCCCAAUACACCAAUCCAUUGUAAAAUGUGGCUACUUUCAGUAGCAUGAUGUUAGAUAUUAUCAUCUCUAUCACCUUGUGCUCCCCAUCCCUUAUGGAAUGAUUUUGCAGUAGCACAUAUUACUACAAAAAAGAGUUAUUGCCAAUCAAUUUCCUGCUGAGGAAUCUGCUGAUGGCUGUAUACAGGAUGCAGCAACAGUUGUAGUAGCAUGGUACUGUAGCAAGGAAAUAAAUGUCAGUGAGACUAGAAGUGAGGUGCACAGGUGUACUAGGGGCAAGCAUUUUACCUCUGUGCCAUGUUGCUGUUAUCACAAUACACCUAUUUUUAACAAUAACCUGUAGUGCAACAACCAGUUUUAUAUAUUAUGUAUUGUAUUGUAAUGCACUACUGAAUGCAAGGCUCUUCAUUUAAGUUUAAUUUUCAAUUUAUUUUCCAUAUUAAUCAACUUUUACUGGCUUUUAUGAUACUUAGAAGAUGACCUAAACACUCAUCUGGGAGGUCCAGAGCUAUUGUGGAUGAAUCACAAUGCUAUGAUCGACAUUGUUAGCUCUUAGGUUCUAAGGAUGCUGAAUUAGUGAUAGGUGACCUGCAAUCUGUCUUGUCAACAUUUCAGUUGUGUUAUGAGUGCAUAAACCACUGUGAUUGUUCAUCAAUACUAUCAUGCCAGGGACCAUUGCUUCUCAGAAAAGCUGCAUGUAGUGCAUAUAAUUGUAUCCCAGAACCAAAAGCAUGGUCAGAUCAAUAUUUUCUGCUUAUGUUGAUGUAUGAUGGACGUGUUUCCGAUUUAUGGGUGGGCUGGAUGGCUGGGUGCUCUGCCUGCCAUGUACUUAGGAGACACCUGGGAGUCAUGAUGAGGUAAGGAGACACCUGGAAGUGGUGAUGAGGUCACCAGAUGUCACAUUCAAGAAGUGUGUAUUUGAAAUAGCCUCAGACUAUACGACCAGAUAGGAGUGCUAAAACAUGUGUUAACAACUAUACAUUGUUGAAAAACUGUACACAAUACAUUUUAUGUAAUAAAUGCAGCUUAGUUUUAUCAUCUGACCCUCCUUUUUCAUUAAUAGCCAAAGAUUUUCUGUAAUGAUUUUUCAUUAUAUAUAUAUAUAUAUAUAUAUAUAUAUAUAUAUAUAUAUAUAUAUAUAUAUAUAUAUAUAUAUAUAUAUAUAUAUAUAUAUAUAUAUAUACAGGAGAAUACAGUUGUAUAUAUGUGUAAGGAGGUUGAUCCACAAGUAUCAAAACCCUAUGUAUCUAGAUAAUGCUCUACCAAGAUUCUAUAAUGUAUAUUGUAAUGUGAUGGUGCAGAAUUUUCACAAACACUGCCGACAUGAAGGUCAAAAUCCCAUUUAAAAUUGAUCACUCUUUACAUCACAGCUCCUUAGUGUCAUUUCAAGUAAAGUUGUAUUUUAUUUAUUUAUUUAUUUUAUUUAUUUAUUUAUUUUUUAUGAAACACACAGCUCUUUAUGUGUGCUAUCAGGUUUUUACAUGUAUUGAGAAGUGCAUAAUGUCCUUUUCAGGAUAUUGUAUCAUCUUGAGUUCAUCUCUGCAAACAGGAGUGUUUUUGUCUUGUCCCAGCCUGUUUAAGAAUUGUUUGGAAACACAUGUUCUUGCAGAACACCUUGAGUACACUUAAUGGAAAAUAUGUAUGUAAUAUUAAGUCUUUGGUCAUAAAAUGCUUUUACAACUCUGUCAAGUGAAAGUAUUGAUGAUGUGCAGCCUUAGCCAUCUACAAGUGAAUUAAAAUUCUUUUUAGUCUAAAAAGUAAGAGCACUCAUGCAAUAGAAAGCAUCAAUGAAAGUGAUAUUUCUUUACCAAAAAGACUGUGAUGAUAUAGAUAACUUGAGAUUGAAAUUAAAACCAUUAUCAAUAUUAUAGCUGUAAUAUUUUCUUGAUUACCUGUUUUCAUAAUAUAUGUUGAAAAUCAUUGAACUCAUUCCCGAAAAAAAAAAAAAAUAAAUAAAUAAAAUAAAAUAAAUAAAUAAAUAAGUAAAAAUACUUGUGUGUCAACCUCACAUUAUAUAUAUAUAUAUAUAUAUAUAUAUAUAUAUAUAUAUAUAUAUAUAUAUAUAUAUAUAUAUAUAUAUAUAUAUAUAUAUAUAUAUAUAUAUAUAUAUAUAUAUAUAUUGUAAACCCAUUGAGCUAAGGCUUUACCUUAUCAAAAUAUUAUAGUUAUUAUCUACUUGUGGUCCAAGAAUAGUGUAGGAUACAAAAACUUAAUUGUAAAUUAGUACUGUGUACUAUAAAUUGGAUACUGUCAAAAUACUAAGAUAUACACUAUUAUACACACCAAUCCUAGUGCAAUAUAAUGUAAUAUAUAUAUAUAUAUAUAUAUAUAUAUAUAUAUAUAUAUAUAUAUAUAUAUAUAUAUAUAUAUAUAUAUAUAUAUAUAUAUAUAUAUAUAUAUAUAUAUAUAUAUAUAUUGAUAUGUGAUACAAGUCAUUGUUUUGCUAGAUCAGUACUUAUUGUACAUUGUCCUUUAUUGUGUCUUAAUGCAGUUUAUGGAUCUCAAAGUUGCAUUACAUGUUUCCUUGUGCUCAUGAAGCAUGAAGCAUAUCGAAACAGAUAAGCUAAGCUGUGAAAGAAACAUUUUAAGUCACACCAAAGACACAUUUAAAUUACAGAGGAAUUUUUGUUAUGCAUUGUUUAAACAUUCAAAAUAUUAAGACAACUUAGAUUGGAUUUUUAAUAUCAUAAUACACACACUUCAGAUGGGCAUAGGAUGGAAAAUUCCACAUGGGGCAAGUUCGCUUGUUUGUUCCUUCCCUCCCAUGGUGCCUGAGGGUUGAGCUUUGUGCUGGCUGAUUGGUUGCUUCUUUCUGAAAUAUAUAACAUGGUAAAGAUGAGAUAGCAUAGAAGUUGUAUUUGUGCAGAAGAACACUGUAAACAAGAAAAAGAAAAUGGUGCAUACUGUGACCUCUUGCUGAUCAAAGUUAACAUGUAUGUUGACCAAUAAAUCAAACUAAUCUCAAUGUACUUUUCUCUUAGAUGCUGAAUAACUGGUAUUCCAUUGUAACAAAAAAUAAGAAACAGUAAUGUAUAAUUCUGUCAUCUGUGGUACAGGAACUAUACACUAUAUAUUUGAGGCUUGAGUCUGUAUUGCCUUACUUCAUCAGCAGAAUUGCCAGAAUUUAUGCUGAUGUCUUAGCUUUCUUAUAUCAUUCAACAUCUUUUUAAUCUCACUGGUGUGUUGCAACCAGUUUGGAGAUCUAAGGACUGACUGAUCAUUCCUCUUCCCAUAAAUUUUGAACUAACAGUACAUUUCUAUUUAGAAGACUUGUUAGAUAUUCAUUAUAUGUAAGAUUUUUCAUAUUGUAUUUUGUAACUAAUGUCAUAAAUUAUUUUUAAUUUCCAAAUUGCCCAACUGUAGUACUGUAUAUGAAAUUAGAUAUAUGUAAAGUAUAUUUUUAUUACCUUUUUAAUGCAGAAAUCAUGUCAUAUAAAGAUGUAGGAUCUAAUGAUUAUUGUGGAGAUGUUUUUGUACAAAUGGGUAAUGCACCAUAAAGUAAUGUAAUGGUGUUUAAGAGUUUUGUUUAAUAAUACAUAUGUAUCCUAUAUUGAGUUCAAAUAAUGUGAAAUCCAUA